AUGAGAUACCUUCCUUUGAUUUGUCUAAUUAGCAAGACAAUCACAUGCCUAUCCACGCAAGGGCAGGUGAAUGUCGUCACAGUCAAUGGAGCAGAAAACCUUUCAAGCCCCUCAGCAGUCUGCACUCAAAUGGGCAUGCAGCCGUACUUCCUCCAGGCACAGGAUGUGAACACGGUCCUCGCAUCAAUGAAAGCAGCAGGCGUCCAGAGAGCAAACAUUGCAGGAUGGAAUGACGAGAAGAUCGACAUGGUAAUAGGCACAUCCGCAGGAGAAGUCACUCCCCUCGAUCACAACAACAAAACCAACAGUGUUCUUUGCUUGUCAGGAGGAGCAUCUGCGUCCACAACAGUUUCCAACACCGGGCCAUCAAGACCCGCAGAAACUCCUUGCUCCUCUGCAGGAUCUCCUGUAGCCCCAGGCCCAGUGAGACCCUCAUGCCCCGCUGUGCCAGCUGCAGGAUGCUGCGCAGUAGAAAAAGAGUGCAAAGCUCCCUGCGUAGAGAUCAAAGGCAACGUGUGCCCCACAGUCUGCUGCAAGCCAACAAAAUGCGUCGUAAAAAGAAGACCCACUCCCUGCGACUCGCCAUGUGUUGCCAACUACCCCCACAAGAAAGUCUACGUAAUUGACGAGCUCUCUCUCUUCUGCGGGCCCUUCAUCAGAAUAGUUGAGACAAGAUGCAGACCAUUCGCAAGAGACACCAUUUGGACAAUCUCCAAGGCACUUCCCUACCACAUUGGACAGAUUGGCGUUCCAUCAAUGCUCAGAAGCGCUGAGUACCUGCACAAAAUUCUGUGCGAAGCCAGAUCCAAGUUCAGCGCGUGCGGAUGUGUGUGCUUGUUCAUUGAUCACUUCAAUAAUGUCUUUAUUGCAGUUGGUGAUGACUACUACCAGGUCAUCCCUAACGGACAGUGCAUGCCAUGCAGACCAUUCCCCAACCCAUGGGGGCCAUUCCCAAGAGGCCCAGGCCCAGUGAUUCCAGGCAUGCCCUUCCCAGGAUUCUGCCCACCAAGAUGCCCACCAAUGUGUCCACCAAUGUGCCCACCAGCAGGAAGAAACUGCUCGCCAUGUGCUCCUAAGGUGAAGUGCGCCCCUAAGAAUGGAACUGAUGGAUGCGGAAAACCAUGCCCACCAUGCUUCACGUUCUGCAAGAUCUCAUGCGAGCGUAUGGUCCAGAUCAGAAGAAGAGGUCUUUACGCAGUUCUUUUCUCCACACAUCUUGAGUUAUACUAG